GUUAAAGACGUAAAAACUGCAACUCUCUAGAACCUUGGUCCCUCACAGCGGGUUAUCCAGUUUACUUUUAGCUUUUAACAUUAGUUGAUCUAUACCAUCUAUACUAUUUCAGUAGAGAUAGGAAACCCAGAGGAGAGAACCCAAGAGAGAAUCCAAGAGAAUCCAAGAGAAUCCAAGAGACUGAUGACUCGGGGCUGCUUGACACUGCCUGCCACUGCUGCUCCUGCUGUUAUACUCAGUUAUACUCUGCUGUUGGUGGCUGUUGGGACUCGCAAUCUUCUUCUUUUUCUUCUUCUUCUCCUUCUUCUUCUCAUUGACAAAAGUGGGGACAAACAUAUAAAUGCUUGGGGUGAAUCUUACAGAGUCGACAGUUUAUUCAUGGACCGCAUAGCCGUAUUUUCGUCUGAUUUAUUUUUUAUCCUAUUUUAAUGACAUAUUCAUGUUCAAGUCAUAUUUAAAUAUCAGUGAUUGCUUCAAAAAUAUUAAUAAUUAACAACUAUGGUUUUAUUUAAUAAGUUUUCAAAAUAAACAUGUGAUAAAAUAUAAAUUAUUAAAAGUGAGAUAUUUAACAAUUAAAUAUAAUGAAGCUUACUUGGAUCAUUUUAUUAUUAAUCAUCAAUAUUAUUGGAAUAUGUGAAGGUUAUGGAAUUUGGAACGGUGCCUGGAUGGACUGGAGUGGCGAACAAUGUGAGGCUGCUAUCAAAGAGGUUGUCAAUGAGGAUCGAGCAACUGUUGUUGAUGAUAGUCCACACAGACUACAUGCUACUUGGCUGUCACAAGAAUGUGAAGUACGUGCUGGACCAGAAUAUUUAAUCAGAAAAUAUACAUUUUAUAAAAAUGGAACGUUUCUUUUGGUACGACAUCAUUAUGCAGAAGAGUCAUGUAGUGUUGCUACACAUACUGUUACCGCAAGGGGUGUAAUACGACUCUUGUCAUCAUCAGGAUUUGCUCCUGGUGCAACAGAAGCUAAAUAUCAGUUGGAUCAUGUUCACAUAAUACCAUUAACACGACAAGUUGCUCAUAAAUUUGGACACCGAGUGAAUGUCAGUUGCACCCCUCAACCUCGAUGGAGAGCGUACGGUGCUCAUAUUAUUUAUGAAUCACAAUCAUCACAGAGAUCUUUAAAUUUAAAUUGGGAAACACCAAAAUAUUAUUUAUUUAAACGUAGUCAGCAAAGAAAACAUCACUGGAGUGGUGGUAAUUUGAAUUGUCUUGAACCAUUAGGUAUUGACUUUAAUGAAUUAAAAUUAAUUAGAGUAGAAAAAAAACCAGCUACAUCAACAGCAUUUGGAUUAGGAUUAAACGGUCAUCCAAGAGUUGAACUUUUAUUGGCUAGUUUACCACCCAAUAUUUAUUCAAAACAAUUUCAUCGAUCUUCUUCAUUGCAACCUAAUACUCUUAUACGUAGUGAUACGACACGUGGAUGUUUAGUUUGUGGAGCAAUAUCCCGUGCCACAGAAAGCAGUCCACCACUUUUACAUCAAGUAGCAGCACUUCCAGCUCUAUUAGGUGGUUCAUGGAUUUCCUCAAGUUGUGAAAGCUGUGAGGGUGGUGUUUGGAUAAAACGCCAGCUACAAUUUUACUCGGGAGAUGUUUUAUGGACAGGUCGUUGGGACUAUUAUUCAGAUCCAAAAUGUUAUAAUUUUUUAUAUGCCGUAACAGCAGCUGGAAGUUAUAUUCAACGUACCGGAAGACAAAAAAGACAUGAAAUAUCAUCAACAAAUGAUGAUAAUGAUGAUUCAUCUGAAAUAUCUUUAUUUUCUUCUUCUUUGAGAGAUGAUCCUAGUAGUAGUGAAAAAAUAAAUAAUAAUAAAAAUGAUAGAUUUAUUGAUGAUAAUUUAAAUGACUAUGUUAUUAGAUCUAAACGAAAUAGUAAAAUUAAAAAUUAUUCAACCGAUGAUAAAUGGGAUUUUGAUUGGAUAACUUCUGACUCUGCUAAAUUACUUGAUAUUUUUGGAUCUUCUUCACUUCGUAUGCCAUUACCAAAAAAUUUAUUUAACAAAAAUACUCCAUCAUUAAAAAAUAAUUUAAAUAUUAUCAACAAACAAAAAAAUAAUAAUGAUAAAAUAGAAAUUUCACAAACAAUUACUGUUACUACGAAAUCACUUUUAUCAGAUACAACUCCAUCAGAUACAAUAAUUAGUUCAACAACUGAUGAUACUCUAUGGGAUAGAAUUGAAAAUAAUGAUGAUGAUAUGAAUAAAGCUGUUAUUGAUAAUUCUUAUCGUCAUUUAUUUAAAAAUUAUCAGCCAUCAAUGGCUCAAUCAUUUACAUUGAUGUUAAGAGGUAAUCAACAACAUGAUGAAAAAUUAUCAGAAGAAUCAAAAAUUUCAACUAAAAAACCAUCACCAGUAGUAUCACAAAUACCAGCUGGUACAACAGAAUUAGAUUUACAUGUUGCUGAAAGUUUAUUGAUAGCUGGAGAUUUAUCAAUAGCUCAUAGUUGUGGUGCUACUAUUGAUGAUAAUGGUCAUGGUGGUUUUAUUAUUCGACCAUUAAAUAUUUGGCCAAGAAAUUGUGUUAAACAUGCAUUAGAAGCACCAUCUACAUUAGGAUUAAGAGCAAGAAUUGGUGUUAAUUGGAGUGGUCAGUACACUUUAUUAUUAGGGCCACGUGAUGAUAGUCUUUGGGAAGCUCCUUUAAGACAAUGCGGUUCUACUCCAGCUUACAAUAAUCUAUUACGAUCACAUUUAAGACUAAGUCUUGGAUACAGGUAUGGCCUUUUCAUUUCUUCUUCUUCUUCAUCAUCAUCAUUAUCAUCAUCUAUCUUAAGUAACAAAAAUUAUUUAUCAAUAAUAUUUAUUUAUUUUACGUUAUUUUCUGUUUUUUAUUAUUAUUAAAAAUAUUUAUUUAUUAUUUAAAUUUAAUAUAUAUGUAUUAUAGUGUAUAUACUAUUAUUAUUUAAAAUUGUAAAUAAGUACAAUUUAAAGUAUAUUUAAUGGUAAUUAGCCAAAGUUAUUUUAUUCCAAUGAUACCUGACAAAUGAUUUGUUAUUAUUAUAAUUUAUAAAAAUAAUGGCUAGUAUACUUUUAAAUAUAACAAUAACCCAAACUCCCAGUGAAUGUUUAAUUUUUAAAUUAAUAAAUGUGGAAAAUAUCGACUUGAUCAUUUUAUCACCUCAUAUAUUAUAAUUACUAUAUAAUUUAUAAUAAAUACAUAACAUUAUGAGCAGCAGAAUAAUUUUAUUCUAGAGCUAAGAAACUUGGGUUUAAAAAAAAUAAAAAAAUAAUUUACUCAUACUAGAUAUAUUUUGUACUUGAUGCAAAUUUAUAAAAAAUAUUAAUAAAUAUCGGCUUAACGUCACUUUAGGAUCAAUACCCCAAUGAAUUUCAUUUAUUAUUUUAA